GUUUUGGACUCCGUGUGUGAGGCCUGCGGAGUUUUGGAUUCUGACAGCAGCCCUGUGAUCUUCUUUCUCCUUGGAUUUUCUUUACCCUGAGAUGAUUAUUGCCCCCCUGACAAGCACUCUUGAAAACUGGUCGCUGCAGUUUUUACUUUAAGUCAAAUGUAGGUACAGACAGUCAUACGUACUCUGAAAUGCUGAAUCAUGAGCCUCGCACUUAAUGAUCUGCUUGUUUGCUGCCGGCAUCUGGAACAUGACAGAGCUACAGAACGAAGGAAAGAAGUUGAAAAAUUUAAGCGUCUGAUUCGAGACCCUGAAACUGUUCAACAUUUAGAUCGGCAUUCAGAUUCCAGACAAGGGAAAUAUUUGAAUUGGGAUGCCGUUUUUAGAUUUUUACAGAAAUACAUUCAGAAAGAAACAGAAUGUCUGAGAACAGCCAAACCGAAUGUGUCAACCUCAGUACAAACAUCCAGACAGAACAAGAUGAAGGAAAUCAGCAGCCUGGUCAAAUACUUCAUCAAGUGUGCAAAUAAACGAGCACCCAGACUAAAAUGUCAAGAACUCGUGAACUAUAUUAUGGAUACAGUUAAGGAUUCAUCUAAUGUUACCAUUUAUGGAGCCGACUACAGCAAUAUUCUGCUCAAGGACAUUCUUUCGGUGAGGAAGUACUGGUGUGAAAUAUCUCAGCAACAGUGGCUAGAACUAUUUUCUGUAUACUUCAGGCUGUAUCUCAAACCUUCGCCAGAUAUUAAUAGAGUUUUAUUGGCUAGAAUAAUUCAAGCUGUUGCCAAAGGAUGCUGUUCACAAUCUGAUGUAUUAAAUUCCAAAUACUUGGAUUUUUUCCCCAAGGCUAUUCAGCGUGCAAGACAAGAGAAGAGUUCUGCAGGUCUGAGUCAUAUCUUAACAGCACUCACGAUCUUCCUCAAGACUCUGGCUGUCAACUUUCGGAUUCGAGUAUGUGAAUUAGGAGAUGAAAUUCUUCCCACUUUGCUUUAUAUUUGGACGCAACACAAACUUAACGAUUCCUUAAAGGAAGUAAUUAUCGAAUUAUUUCAACUGCAGAUUUAUAUCCACCAUCCAAAAGGAGCCAAAACCCAAGAAAAAGGUGCUUUUGGUUCAACAAAAUGGAAAAAUAUCUUGUACAACUUGUAUGAUUUACUAGUUAAUGAGAUAAGUCAUAUUGGAAGUCGAGGAAAAUAUUCCUCAGGAUCUCGCAAUAUUGCUGUUAAGGAAAACUUGAUAGAAUUGAUGGCAGAUAUUUGCCACCAGGUUUUUAAUGAAGAUACUAGAUCUUUGGAGAUUUCCCAGUAUUAUAUUACCACACAAAGAGAUUUUAGUGAUACAUCUUGCAAAAAGAGGAAAAUAGAAUUAGGUUGGGAAGUAAUAAAGGAUCAUCUUCAGAAGUCACAGAAUGAUUUUGAUCUUGUCCCUUGGUUACAGAUUACAACCCAAUUAAUAUCAAAAUAUCCUGCAAGUCUACCAGACUCUGAGCUGUCCCCAUUGCUAAUGAUCCUCUACCAACUCCUGCCUCAGCGGCACCAAGGGGAACGCAGGCCAUAUGUGCUGCGUUGUCUUGUGGAAGUUGCCUUGUGUCAAGGCAAAAAAUCGAACCUGGAAAGCUCACAAAAGUCAGAUUUAGGGAAACUUUGGCUUAAGAUUUGGUCAAUUGCUAUCCGUGGUAUAAGUUCUGAACAAAUACAAGCCGAAAAUUUUGGUUUACUUGGAGCCAUAAUUCAAGGCAGUUUGGCUGAGGUUGACAGAGAAUUCUGGAAGUUAUUUACAGGGUCAGCAUGCAGACCUUCAAUCGCUGCCUUGUGCUGUUUGACACAGGCGCUGAGCACCUAUGUGGUUCCAGAAACAGUAAAUGCGGGAAUGGAACAUAAUGGAUAUGAAGCCAGUCGAAGUUUUUAUUUAAAGGAACUGAUCAUGAAGUGGCUCUUGCUCUGUCAGCCAGAGGAAGACUUAGAGGAGAGCACAGAAUUGCCGCCAAUACUUCACAGUAAUUUUCCUCAUCUUACAUUGGAGAAAAUUCUUGUGAGUCUCACUAUGAAAAACAGUAAAGCUGCAAUGAACUUUUUCCAGAGUGUGCCAGAAUGUGAACAACACCAUAAAGACAAAGAAAAGUCUUCAUUCUCAGAAGUUGAAGAGUUAUUUCUUCAGACAACUUUUGACAAGAUGGACUUUUUAGCUGCUGUAAGAGAAUGCCCUUCACAAAAGCAGCCAUCCAGUAUAGGCCUUUCUGUCCACCAAAAUCUCAAGGAAUCCUUGGAGCACUAUCUUCUGAGAUUAUCAGAACAGCUUCUAAAUAAUUACUCAUCUGAGGCUACAAAUUCAGAAAUACUUGUUCGGUGUUCAAGUCUUUUGGUGGGUGUCCUUGGUUGCUAUUGUUUUGUGGGUAUAAUACCUGAAGAGCAAGUGUAUACCUCAGAAUUAUUCCAGAAAGCUAAGUCUCUAAUGCAGUGUGCAGGAGAAAGUGUCAGUCUGUUUAAAAGUAAAACAAAUGAGGAAUCUAGGAUUGUCACAUUGAGAAAUAUGAUGCAUCUCUGUACAAGCUGCUUGUGUAACUGUAACCAGCAUAAUCCAAAUAAAGUUGCAUCUGGAUUUUUCCUACGAUUGUUUACAUCAAAGCUAAUGAAUGAUAUUGCAGAUAUUUGUCGAAGUUUAGCAUCAUUUAUCAAAAAGCCCCUUGACGAUGGAGUAGCAGAAUCAGUGGAUGAAGAUACUGAUGAGACUGUAAUGGAGGUGGAGGACCAGUCCUCCCUGAACCUGUUUAAUGAUCACUCUGCUAAUGUUGUUAGUGACACAAAUGAAUCUGGAGAGAACCAGAUUUCUCUUGGUUCCAUGUGUCCUUUAGCCGAAGAUCACCUGUCAAAACAAGAUUUCCUUAUUUUAGACAUGGUCAAGUUUUUAUGUAUGUGUGUAACUACAGCUCAGACCAACACCGUGUCCUUUAGAGCAGCUGAUAUUCGGAGAAAAUUGCUAAUGUUAAUUGAUUCUAGCAUGUUAGAUCCUACUAAAUACCUCCACUUGCACAUGUAUUUAGUGCUUUUAAAGGCUCUUCCAGGAGAAGAGUAUCCCUUGCCAAUGGAAGAUGUUGUUGAACUCCUAAAACCACUCUCCAAUGUAUGCUCAUUGUAUCGCCGUGACCAAGAUGUUUGUAAAACGAUUCUGAACCAUACCCUUCCUGUGGUGAGGAACCUCUGCCGCAGUAGUGUGGACACUGAAAACAUGAGGGAUGCCCAAGGCCAGUUCCUAACAGUGAUCGAAGCAUUUUGGCACUUAGCAAAGGAGGGGAAGUGUACAUUCUCUGUAAGACUGGCACUAGUAAAAUGCCUUAAAACUUUACUUGAGAUUGAUCCUUAUUCAGAAUGGGCUAUUCUUAAUGUAAAGGAAAAAGACUUUCCUGUAAAUGAAGUAUUUCCACAAUUUCUUGCUGAUAAUCAUCACCAAGUUCGGAUGCUGGCUGCAGAGUCAAUCAGCAGAUUAUUCCAAGGAAUGAAGCAAGGAAAUUCUAGGUUAUUGAAAGCACUUCCUUUGAAACUUCAGCAAACUGCUUUUGAAAAUGCAUACGUGAAAGCUCAGGAAGGAAUGAGAGAAAUGGCCCACAGAACUGAAAACCCUGAUGAACUUUUGGAUGAGAUUUAUAAUAGAAAAUCUGUUUUACUGAUGACCAUAGCUGUGAUUUUACACUGCAGCCCAGUCUGUGAAAAACAGGCUUUGUUUGCCCUAUGCAAGUCUGUGAAAGAGAAUGGAUUAGAACUGCACCUCAUUAAAAAGGUUUUAGAAAAAGUUUCUGAAAAUUUUGGAUAUAAACAUUUAGAAGACUUCAUGGCCUCUCAUUUGGAUUAUUUGGUUUUUGAAUGGCUAAAUCUUAAAAUUGCUGAAUACAGCUUAUCUUCUUUUCCUUUUCUGCUAUUAAACUACACAAGUGUAGAUGAUUUCUAUAGAUCUUGUUACAAGGUUUUGAUUCCACAUCUGGUGAUUAGAAGUAAUUUUGAGGAGGUGAAAUCCAUUGCUGAUCAGAUUCAGGAGGAUUGGAGAAGUCUUCUGACAAACUGCUUUCCUAAGAUUCUUGUGAAUAUUCUUCCUUACUUCGCCUAUGAGAGCACAGGCGACACUGUGAUGGCCCAGCAGAGAGUGAAUGCUACCAAAGUCUAUGAUAUGCUUAAAGAUGAAAACUUUCUUGGAAAACAGAUUGAUCAUUUAUUCAUUAGUAAUUUGCCAGAGAUUGUGGUGGAGUUAUUAAUGACGUUACAUGAGCCAGCAAAUUUUGAUGCUAACCACAGCACUGACUUGGGUGACUUUUCCGGGGAUUUGGAUCCUGCUCCUAAUCCACCUCAUUUUCCAUCACAUGUCAUUAAAGCAACAUUUGCUUAUAUCAGCAACUGCCAUAAAACCAAGUUUAAAAGCAUUUUAGAAAUUCUUUCAAAAAGCCCUGAUUCCUAUCCAAAAAUUCUUCUAGCUAUAUGUAAGCAAGCAGCUGAGACAAAUAAUGUUUAUAAAAAGCACAGAGUUCUUAAGAUAUAUCAUCUAUUUGUUAGCUUAUUGCUAAAAGAGAUAAAAAGUUGUUUAGGAGGAGCUUGGGCUUUUGUUCUUCGAGAUGUGAUUUAUACAUUGAUUCACUACAUUAACAAAAGGCCUUCUCAGUUCGUGGAUGUUUCAUUGAGUAGCUUUUCCCUUUGUUGUGACCUGCUGAGCCGGGUUUGCCACACCGCAGUCACUCAAUGUAAAGAUGCUUUAGAAAACCACCUGCAUGUCAUUGUUGGCACACUGAUACCUCUUGUGGAUGAGCAGGUGGAGGUCCGGGAAAAGGUACUGGACUUGUUGAAAUAUUUGGUGAUAGAAAACAAGGAUAAUGAAAACCUGUAUCUCACAAUCAAACUCUUAGAUCCUUUUCCCGACGAUGCUGUCUUUAAGGAUUUACGUGUUACACAACAGAAAAUAAAAUACAGUCAAGGACCCUUUUCACUCUUGGAGGAAAUUAACCAUUUUUUAUCAGUAAGUGUUUAUGAUGCACUUCCCUUGACAAGGCUGGAAGGACUAAAAGAUCUUCGAAGACAACUAGAACAACAUAAAGACCAGAUGUUGGAUAUAAUGAGAGCAUCUCAGGAUAACCCGCAAGAUGGCAUAAUGGUAAAGCUGGUUGUUAGCCUGUUGCAGUUGUCCAAGAUGGCUGUAAACCGCACGGGGGAAAGAGAAGUUUUAGAGGCUGUUGGAAGCUGCUUGGGAGAAGUGGGUCCUAUGGAUUUCUCUACCAUUGCCAUCUGGCAUAACAAAGAUACAUCUUGUACUAAAGCUCUUGAGUUAUUCAAAGAUAAAGACCUUCAGUGGACUUUCGUCAUCUUGACCUACCUGAGUAAUACGCUGGUAGAAGAUUGUGUCAAAGUGAGAUCAGCUGCUGUGACCUGUUUGAAAAGCAUUUUAGGCACAAGAAGUGGACAUAGUUUCUGGGAAAUAUAUAAAACAACAACUGAUCCUAUGCUGAUCUAUCUACAGCCUUUUAGAACAUCAAGAAAAAAGUUUUUGGAAGUACCCCAACUUGACAUAGAAAGAUCGCUGGAAAUCUUAAAUGAUGCAAACCUCUGGAUUCCUCAAAAUGAAAAUCAUGAUUCUUGGAUAAAAAAACUGACAUGUGCUAUUUUGGAUAGUGGAGGCACAAAAAGUGAUGUUCUUCAAUCACUGAAGCCAAUGUGUGAAGUGCAAUCUGAUUUUUGUCAGACUGUGCUGCCAUACUUGAUUAAUGACAUUUUACUCCAAGAUACAAAUGACUCAUGGAGAAAUCUGCUUUCUACACAUAUUCAAGGAUUUUUCACUAAUUGUUAUAGACACUCUUCACAAGCAAGCAGAUCCACAACCCCAGCACAUUUGGAUUCAUUUAUUUCUAGUACUUAUACUGGGAACUCUGUUCUUGAGAAAGAGUCAGAGCACGUUUCUCAAUGUUAUUUGGAUAAAAAGUCCCAAAGAACAAUGCUUGCUGUUGUGGACUAUUUGAGAAGACAGAAGAGGUCUUCUCAGGGAACAGUGUUUGAUGAUGCGUUCUGGCUGGAGCUGAAUUAUCUCGAGGUGGCCAAGGUGGCUCAGUCCUGUGCAGCUCACUUCACAGCCCUGCUCUAUGCAGAAAUCUAUGCAGACAAGAGAAGCCUGGAUGACCAAGAGAAAAGAAAUCUUACAUCUGAAGAAGGAAGCCAGAGUACAACUAUUUCUAGUUUGAGUGAAAAAAGUAAAGAAGAGACUGGAAUAAGUUUACAGGACCUGCUCUUAGAAAUCUACAGAAGCAUCGGAGAGCCAGAUAGUCUGUAUGGUUGUGGUGGAGGGAAAGUAUUACAGCCCCUCACUAGGCUGAGAACAUAUGAGCAUGAAGCCAUGUGGGAGAAAGCCCUUGUAACAUAUGAUCUUGAGACCAGCAUCUCUGCAUCAACCCGCCAGGCUGGAAUCAUUCAGGCCUUGCAGAAUUUUGGACUCCACCAUGUUCUUUCAGUCUAUUUGAAAGGUCUAGAUCAUGAGAAUAAGGAGUGGUGUGCUGAAUUGCGGGAGCUUCAUUACCAAGCAGCAUGGAGAAACAUGCAGUGGGAUCACGGCAUUUCUGUGACCAAAGGCGCAGAAGGAAACAGCUACCAUGAGUCAUUGUAUAAUGCACUGCAGACUCUAAGAGAUAGAGAAUUCUCUACAUUUUAUGAAAUUCUCAGAUGUGCCAGAGUCAAAGAAGUAGAAGAAGUCUGUAAGGGAAACCUUGAGUCUGUAUAUUCGCUCUACCCCACACUGAGCAGACUGCAGGCCAUUGCAGAGCUUGAAAAUGUUGGGGAGCUUAUCUCCAGAUCGGUCACUAACAGACAACCUACUGAAGUAUACAGUAAGUGGAGAAAACACUCCCAGCUUCUCAAAGACAGUGAUUUUAGUUUUCAGGAGCCUAUCAUGGCUCUACGCACUGUCAUUUUGGAGAUCUUGGUGGAAAAAGAAAAGGAGAAUUUCCAAAGAGCAUGCUUUAAGGACAUUCUCACCAAGCACCUCAUAGAACUCUCCACACUAGCCCGAACUUUCAAGAACACUCAGCUCCCUGAAAGGGCAAUAUUUCAGAUUAAACAAUAUAACUCAGCUAAUUUUGGAAUUUCUGAGUGGCAGUUGGAGGAAGCUCAAGUGUUCUGGGCAAAAAAAGAAAAGAAGCUUGCCCUGAAUAUUCUCAAGCGAAUGAUCAAGAAAUUGGAUGCCUGUUGUACAGAGGAUGAUGCCAAUUUAAAACUUACAUAUGCAGAAUGCCUGAGGGUUUGUGGUAACUGGUUAGCAGAAACACGCUUAGAGAAUCCUACUGUCAUCAUGCAAACUUAUCUAGAAAAGGCAGUAAAAGUUGCUGGAAACUCUGAUGGAGAAAGUAAUGAUGAGCUCAGGAAUGGAAAAAUGAGGGCAUUUCUUUCAUUAGCAAGAUUCUCUGAUACUCAGUUCCAGAGAAUUGAAAACUACAUGAAAUCAUCUGAAUUUGAAAAUAAGCAAGCUCUUCUGAGAAGAGCCAAAGAGGAAGUGGGCCUUCUUAGGGAACAUAAAAUUGAGAUGAACAGAUAUACAAUAAAGGUGCAGCGAGAGCUUGAGAUAGAUGAAAGUGCAUUCCGUGCUCUGAAAAAGGAUCGCCAAAGUUUCUUAUGUAAAGCUGUUGAAAAUUAUAUCAACUGCUUAUUAAGUGGAGAAGAACAUGACAUGUGGAUAUUUCGACUUUGUUCCCUCUGGCUUGAAAAUUCUGGAGUUUCUGACGUCAAUGGCAUGAUGAAGAGAGCUGGAAUGAAGAUUCCAUCAUAUAAAUUUUUGCCUCUUAUGUACCAGUUGGCUGCUAGGAUGGGAACCAAGAUGAUGGGAGGCCUAGGAUUUCAUGAAGUUCUCAAUAAUCUCAUCUCUAGAAUCUCAAUGGAUCACCCCCAUCAUACUUUAUUUAUUAUACUGGCCUUAGCAAAUGCAAACAAAGAUGAGUUUUUGACCAAGCCAGAGGCAGCAAGAAAGAGCAGAAUAACUAAAAAUGCACCUAAACAAAGCUCUCGGCUUGAUAAGGAUCGAACUGAGGCUGCAAACAAAAUCCUGGAUACCAUAAGAAAUAGGAGACCUGACAUGGUCAAAAGUGUUGAGGCGCUCUGUGACUCUUACAUCAUAUUAGCAAAUUUGGAUGCCACUCCAUGGAAAACAAAGAGAAAAGGCAUAGCCAUUCCAGCAGAUCAGCCAAUUACUAAACUGAAGAAUUUAGAAGAUGUUGUUGUCCCUACGAUGGAAAUUAAGGUGGAUCCCACUGGAGAAUAUAAAAAUUUGGUGACUAUAGAGUCAUUUAAAGCAGAAUUUCGUUUAGCAGGAGGUAUAAAUUUGCCAAAAAUAAUAGAUUGUUUGGGCUCCGAUGGUAAGGAAAGAAGACAACUCGUCAAGGGCCGUGAUGAUCUGAGACAGGAUGCUGUCAUGCAGCAGGUUUUCCAGAUGUGUAAUACAUUAUUACAGAGAAACACUGAAACCAGGAAAAGAAAACUGACUAUCAGCACAUACAAGGUAGUUCCUCUUUCUCAGCGAAGUGGUGUCCUUGAGUGGUGCACAGGAACUAUCCCAAUUGGUGAAUUUCUGGUUAACAGUGAGGUUGGUGCUCAUAAAAGAUACAGACCAAAUGACUAUAGUGCCAUUGAGUGCCAAAAUAAAAAUGAUGCACAAAGAAAAUCUUAUGAAGAAAAAUAUGAACUCUUCAUGGAUAUUUGCCAACAUUUUCAACCAGUUUUUCGUUUCUUCUGCAUGGAAAAAUUCCUUGACCCAGCCGUAUGGUUUGAGAAGCGAUUGGCUUAUACUCGCAGUGUGGCCACUUCUUCUAUUGUUGGUUACAUACUUGGUCUUGGUGAUAGACACGUGCAGAAUAUUUUGAUAAAUGAGCAAUCAGCAGAACUUGUACAUAUAGAUUUAGGAGUUGCUUUUGAACAGGGUAAAUUCUUCCUACUCCUGAAACAGUUCCCUUUUAGACUCACCAGAGAUAUUGUGGAUGGAAUGGGCAUAACUGGGGUUGAAGGCGUUUUUCGUAGGUGCUGUGAGAAAACCAUGGAAGUUAUGAGAAACUCUCAGGAAACCCUGUUAACCAUUGUAGAGGUACUCCUGUAUGAUCCUCUUUUUGACUGGACUAUGAAUCCUUUGAAAGCCUUGUAUUUACAACAGAGGUCAGAAGAUGAAGCUGAGCUCCAUUCCAGUCUGAAUGCAGAUGAUCAAGAGUGCAAACGAAACCUCAGUGAUAUUGGCCAGAGUUUCAACAAAGUCGCUGAGCGGGUCCUCAUGAGACUGCAAGAAAAACUGAAGGGUGUGGAAGAAGGAACUAAUCUUAGUGUGGAUGGACAAGUUAAUUUGCUCAUACAACAGGCCAUGGACCCCAAAAACCUCAGCCGACUUUUCCCAGGAUGGAAAGCUUGGGUCUGACUUUCAGCAUAUAAAUUGCCCUUGAACACAACAUUUUCAAAUUAUUUUUCAGUCUUCAUCUCCAAUCCACUCAUAUACAUUAAAGAGGAAUUAUUUACA